AUGACACCCGAUAAGUUGGUGUUGGUAUUAGGAGAUCUUCACAUUCCGCACCGAUGCAACAGCCUCCCAGCCAAAUUCAAAAAACUGCUGGUUCCAGGAAAGAUCCAACACAUCCUCUGCACGGGAAACCUCUGCACCAAGGACACUUAUGACUACCUCAAGACCCUGGCUGGGGACGUCCAUGUUGUCAGAGGGGACUUUGAUGAGAACCUGAAUUAUCCUGAACAGAAGGUUGUAACCGUUGGACAGUUCAAAAUUGGGCUGAUUCAUGGCCAUCAGGUUAUUCCUUGGGGUGACAUGGCCAGCCUGGCUCUGCUACAAAGGCAGUUUGACGUGGACAUCCUAAUUUCAGGACAUACGCAUAAAUUUGAGGCGUUUGAACACGAAAACAAGUUCUAUAUCAAUCCAGGAUCAGCUACAGGAGCCUAUCAUGCCUUAGAGAACAACAUCAUUCCUUCAUUUGUGCUGAUGGAUAUCCAGGCUUCUACAGUAGUUACGUAUGUCUAUCAACUAAUCGGAGAUGAUGUGAAAGUAGAAAGAAUCGAGUACAAAAAAUCUUAAAAAUGUUUUUUGCUUGUCUGGUAUUUUUACCAUCUCAUUCUGAACUGCAAGUUACUCCAAUACUUGAUUGCUAGUUUACAGUAUUCCACUUGCUAACAGCUUAACAAUGUAGCUUAUCGGUGAUAACUUCAAAACAAUGUUGUGUUUGCUUUUCUCUGUCUGAAUUGAUUUGUAAAAUAUUCCAUUAAAAUAACUGUUUAAAUACUGUUCUUUAAUGUUGUAAUAAACUCCACUUCAUAGAAAAA